CUCAUUUCAGACAGCUCAUUGGCGUGAGCUACGGAAGCGCCUGCAUUGACAUCAUUGUUGAGCUACGUUCCUUUUCGGCUCUAGCUUUAGGGUUUUGUUCUACCUCCCGCCUCCUUCUAGCUCGCACUGUUUUCCAGAUUGUCAGCAAAGCAAGCAUUAGAAAAUCAAUUUCUCCGGUUUUUGACAUAUUCUGGUGGAAAAGAUGGCCAAGCGUGGCCGCGCGACGGUGGUCGUGCUGGGGGACCUGGGGCGAAGCCCCCGGAUGCAGUAUCACGCUUUGUCCCUGGCAGAGCAGGCUGAGCUGCAAGUCGACGUUGUGGCGCACGCAGGGAGCGAGCCCCUCACGGCCCUCAAGGAGCACCCAAACGUCCACCUUCAUCUUUCUUCUCCGCCAUGGUCUGCCAACUUGCCACGUGUCAUGUACCUCCUGCUGCUGCCCUUCAAGGUCCUCGCGCAGUUUGUGUCGCUCCUGUGGGUGCUCUGUGUGACGAUACCCCCACCGGACUUUAUCAUUGUUCAGAACCCCCCGUCCAUCCCUUCCCUGACGGUGGUCCUGUUCGUGUGCUGGCUGCGCGGCGCGGCUAUGGUGAUUGACUGGCACAACUUUGGCUACACGCUCCUGGGGCUGAAGCUGGGGCUCUCGCACCCCUUCGUGCGCUACUACAAAUGGUACGAAAGAAACUAUGGUCGGAUGGCGCACGCUCAUCUGUGCGUCACCAAAGCGAUGCAACAGGAGCUCGCGGCGAACUGGGGAAUCAACGCCACGGUUCUCUACGACCGGCCCCCCGCCUUCUUCCGCCCGGCCACGCUCGAGGAGCGCCACGCGCUAUUCUUGAAGCUGAACGACGCGAUCUGCCGCCCCCCGAGUGACGUCAGCGACUGUUGCGGGACUGGGUCGUCAGAACCGGGGACUUCGGAGCGGAAGGGCGAACAGGACGAUUCGUUGGACGACUACGUCAUUGUGCCUCCGAGGGUUGAGGAGACCGUGAUCUCUUCCCACCACAUGGGCAGCAUCGCUCCCCCGUCUUCGGACGGGGAUGGCGCGUCGUCGUCCGGCGGAUCUUCGGACACGGUGUACGAGGAACAGGGGAUCGCGCUCAAGCCGGACCGGCCGGCCGUCAUUGUGAGCAGCACGAGCUGGACACCCGACGAGGACUUCGACGUCCUAUUGCAAGCGGCCAUGAUGUAUGAUCUUCGAGCGGCCAAGCUGAUGGGGGACAACACGCCGGGCGAGCCGUCGACCGCUGGAUCGCAGCGCUACCCCCGCCUGCUCUUCCUCAUCACGGGCAAGGGCCCGCUGAAGGCGCAGUUUGAGGAACGCGUCGCUAAGCUGCGCCUCAAGCGCGUGGCCUUCCGUACGCUCUGGCUCAGCUCGGAGGACUACCCGCGACUCCUUGGUUCUGCUGAUCUCGGCGUCUCGCUGCACACGUCCUCCUCGGGCCUGGACCUGCCGAUGAAGGUGGUGGACAUGUUUGGGUGCGCGCUCCCCGUGUGCGCGCGCGCCUACUCGUGCAUCGGCGAGCUCGUGCGCGACCGCGAGAACGGCCUCCUCUUCUCCGCGCCGACGGAGCUGGCGGACCAGCUGAUGGAGCUCUUCCGAGGCUUUCCGCAGAGCGGGGGCGAGCUGCUCAAGGGCCUGCGGAAGGGCUCAGCGCAGAGCAGGGCUGUCGGUUGGCAAGAGGAGUGGGGGAAGCGCGUUCUCCCGCUCCUGGAGGGUCUCAAAAGAGCGUAGUUCGGAAAAUCUCGGAGGGACUAUCUAGUGGGCGCUGUACUUAUGUUGACUCGAAGCUCGUUUGAGGGCUACUGUAUGCGAAGGGCCUGCUUGGCAGUCGUUCAAAUAGUUGCAUAUGUGUGGUUCGUUAGUUCGGAGUACGGUCGGUUAUGGGACCAUUGUAUAUGUAUGUCUAGGUUUACGCAAGGCUCGCUCGUAGGUGCUUGUUUGGGUGGGGCUGCCCAACUUGUAGAUUGCUCGAAUGGGUUCGAAGCUUGCCCUCAGUGUACAAAACAACACCACUAAUGCUUGAGGACAUCAGGCAGAUCGUAUUGGUUGGAUCGACCCAUGUCACUGUUGUGCCUGCAAUGAGGGUUCGCAUCGACCCUAAUAAAAGCAGCAAAAAAGCUGCCACCUUUCUGAGCUUGUGUC